GUGAGACAAGUUUUAGGCAGGCAGUGACAAGACAGACGCACGCCACGCCACGCCACGCCACGGCACGGCACGGCACGCCACGCCACGGCACGGCGGCCGUUCCAGCCCACCCAAUGGCUCCGUUCAAAUGAAAGCCAGCGGCCAGGUCACGGAGCUGAACGAGGCGCUGUCCAACGAAGAGCGCAACCUGCUGUCGGUGGCCUACAAGAACGUGGUGGGCGCCCGGCGCUCGUCCUGGCGCGUCAUCUCCAGCAUCGAGCAGAAGACGUCGGCCGACGGCAACGAGAAGAAGAUCGAGAUGGUGCGCGUCUACCGCGAGAAGAUCGAGAAGGAGUUGGAGGCCGUGUGCCAGGACGUGCUCCGCCUGCUGGACGACUUCCUGGUCAAGAACUGCGGCGACGCGCAGCACGAGAGCAAAGUCUUCUACCUGAAGAUGAAGGGCGACUACUUCCGCUACCUGGCCGAAGUGGCGGCGGGCGACAAGCGCGCCGCCGUGGUGGAGUCGUCGGAGAAGGCCUACGACCAGGCGCACCAGAUCAGCAAGGAGCACAUGCAGCCCACGCACCCCAUCCGCCUGGGCCUGGCCCUCAACUACUCCGUCUUCUACUACGAGAUCCAGAACGCGCCCGAGCGGGCCUGCCAGCUGGCCAAGACGGCCUUCGACGACGCCAUCGCCGAGCUGGACACCCUCAACGAGGACUCCUACAAAGACUCCACCCUCAUCAUGCAGCUGCUGCGCGACAACUUGACUCUGUGGACCAGCGACCAGCAGGACGACGAGGGCGGCGAGGGCAACAACUAAAGCGCCCGCCGAGGCCGAAGGCCACCGCCGUGACCCACCGCCAUGGCGGCGGGCUGAAAGAGAGAGAGAGAGAGAGAGAGAGAGGCAGGCCGCUGGACUUUGGCGGCCGCUUUUUGCCCGCUCGCGCAGCCGCCGCCGCCGUCCUUUAUUUUUGCGCCUUUCCAGAAAAGAACAACAGAGGACGAGGAGUUCCCGAUUUGCAACACUUGCCAGUUUCAAAGCAAAAGUGACCUCACUUGCACUCUUGUGUGAAAAGAAAUCAUUACGCUGGUCCACUCCAGGAAAUAA